GCCAAGAAUCAACCAAUAGAGGACGAAAAAGUAGCCACUCACAACAUUGCUGACGGUUGCUGCACUUCCUGGUUGCUUUUGUGUUGCCUGCGGUGACCAUGGCUGCAGAAGGUGACUUCUUGGCGAGAUAUCGCGCUGUAUCGAAUAAGCUUAAAAAACGGUUCCUUCGGAAGCCAAAUGUUGCGGAGGCAAGUGAGCAGUUUGGUCAACUAGCCAAGGAGCUGAAGCAGCAGGACUGUUUGCAGUAUGCCGCAUUCUGUAACCUGGCCAUGGCCCGGUGUGAGCAGACUCUCUUUAAUGCACCAGGAGAAGCUCUGGCGCUAACUGAUGCUGCACGCCUUUUUCUUUCCUCUGAGAAAGAGAAUCGCUCACUGCAGGCACCAGGCUUUGACGAGCACCUGCAGGCUGCACUCAACUGCUACAGUUUUGCCAUCAAGGUGUAUGUUGAAAUGAACCAGCCUGUGAUGGCAGCCAGUCUGUGUUUAGAACUUGGCAAUGCACUCAAAGAGAUGAACCGACCAGGAGAAGCUAUUGUUCAUUAUCAGAGGGCCGCAGAGCUACAAACACAAAUGCCAGUGGAAUCUCUUUUGUCGAUGGGCGAAAUGGCUUCAUGUAAAAUUCUCACACGUGACUACGAUGGCGCCUUGUCAGUGUUUACGGAAAUGCAGCUUACGUGCCAGGAGAGAGGACUGCAACUACCAGGCACCAGCACCCCUGUUGGUGCUUUUCUGGACAUUGUGGCGAGAUGCGAGAUCGCCAGAGUAUUACUGCUGAUGUUGCUUGAGCCUCCGCCUCAGAAGCUGCUACCAGAACAUGCGCAAACACUGGAGAGAUACGCAUGGGAGUCCUUUGACCCACACAGCCAAGUGACCUUCCUACCAGAGAAUGUUUUCCUGCUCCUGCAGUCGGUGGUGAUGGCAUGCCAAGAGAAAGACACAGAGUCCCUGAAGUCUCUUCAGACUGAGCUAUGGCCACUGCUGACCGCUGAACAGAAUCACCUCCUUCACCUAGUGGUUCAGGAGCGCAUCACACCCUCUGGCCAAGGCAUUUAGUAGCGUCCUGUUCUCAUCCGCUUCCUCUGGGAACGAUAGCUAACAUCAUGGAAACAUUCCUGCUUGAGACUGGGUCUGUUCUAAGACUUCAAGAAAUGCUUGCGCUUAGAGAAAUAUAAAAUGUAAAACCUUGAAAAAAAACAUUUGUGGUAUGAUGUUAACAUCGUUAUUUCGUGUGUGCCCCCCCCUCUCCCCACGAAUGGAACUUCCAUCCAUUUUCUAUAGCUCCUGUUCUCAGAGAGAGACUGUUCUAGCUGACUUUGGGUGUGACCCGCCAGGGUACACAUAGUCAAACAUACUCAUGCUCACAUUCACGCCUAUGGAGUUCAGAGUCUUAAAUGAAGUUAACAUGCACGUUUUUUGCAAUGUGGAAAGAAGCCAGAGUCAACUCACAUCUCAGCCUCAGGGAGAACAUGCAAAGUUCGAGCAAAGAGUUCAACCGAAAACCUUAACGUUCGUCAUAUUGCCAAGAUAGUAGUUCUUCAUACAUAUAUUAUUUAUCUAGUCAUUUCAUAUUGUUGAGCUUGAUAUGAUCAAUGAAGCGUGAACCGGUGUUUGUUAAUGGUUGUUUAUUGAUUAUAGUGUAUGGCUUCACUCCAAUGUAAUUACAAACCUUCGAAUGUAUAUUUUAGAAAUAUGAUCUAAUGUAACACUGUCGUCCUCCAUACCUGGUUCAUAUGUACAAAUUGAUUUACUUUAUUUUUUUCUUUUAAGAUAGCAGCCAACUACAAACAAAAUGCAAAACAUAGUUUGAAAAUUAAAGGUAUAUAACAAAAUGUUACAAAAAUAUAAUGGUUACAAUGUACAUGGAUUAAACAAGAAUACACUAUACUUCAAUCAGAAAAUAAAGAUACAUGACUUAAAACUACUUCGAUUUUCAAUUAAGGUUUGUUGAAUUGUUCAAGUACUGCAACAGGGAAGCUGUAGCGUUGCGAACAUGCUGUAACUUUACACAGAAUGUUAACUUCUUUCUUGUGGUAGUUGUUGGAAGCCUCAGUUUGAUUUGGGGGGGUGUCAGCACUUCGAGUUAUCAAGACCCCACUUCCUAAAUAAUCAUAACUGGUGACUUUACUUCGAAAGAGCCAACAGUGUGAGACUUAAGGCACAGAGAUGCUACACUCCUGUUUGCACAGAAAAUGUAUGAAGCCUUGUCUGGCUGUAGUUUGGGUUAGCUUAGCAUAGAGGCUACAUCAUUCAUUGGUAACAAAAUCCACAUGUACGACGUUCUAAAACUAUUUGUGUAAACUAAAAACAAAACAAACAAAAAAAGACAAUGUCUCUCCCACUUCUCCCUAAGUUUAUGCUACA